AGGUAAGAGAAUUUCAAGUUAUAAAGUUGAAAAUCCUCCUUAAACAAGAAAAACAAUAACAAAAUCCACCUCGAAACCCCCCUCCCUCCUGCAACCCCACCCCCUCUCUCUCUCUCAUCACCCCUCCAAUCCAAUCUUCUUUCUCUCUCUAGAAAAACCCACUUCAAGUUUCAAUCAACCAUGAAAGAAGAUGAAUCCAAUUGGUUUUCCAAGUGGGAAUCACAGCUCCCAAAGCCAGAAGAACUCAUACCCAUUAAUCAAACCCUAAUCACCCCCGAUCUUGCAAUCGCUUUCGAUAUCGGAAACACCCACAACCCCUACAACACCCACCACCACCACCAACAACCACCGGCGAUCUCUACACCGUCGUCUCAACCCAAUUCCGGCGAGUUCGACUCGUCUGAGCUCGCCGGCGAUGAGCCGGCGAGAACCCUUAAGCGCCCGCGGCUCGUGUGGACCCCACAGCUCCACAAACGGUUCGUUGACGCCGUUGCUCAGUUAGGUAUAAAACACGCGGUACCCAAAACAAUAAUGCAGCUCAUGAGCGUUGACGGGUUGACCCGAGAAAAUGUAGCCAGUCAUUUACAAAAGUAUAGGCUUUAUUUGAAAAGAAUGCAGGGUUUGAGUUCGGGUGGGUCGGGUGGAGGUGGGUUUGGGUCGGGUGGGGACCCGGUGACGGAUCGGUUGUUUGCGAGUUCUCCGGUGCCACCCCAUUUUCUGCAUCAGUCUGGUCAUCCGAAUUCGGAUGCGUUUUUGCCGUAUAUGCCGGCUGCUGUUCUUCAGCAGCAGCAUCACCAGCAGAUGGGUGUUGUGGGGCAUCAGUUUCAGCGGCAUUUCGGGUCGCCUGUUUUGAGUAGACAGCAGCCUGGGCAGACGGUUCAUAUGGUUGGCACUCCGGUUCGUGGUUCGUAUGCAGAUGAUCAGCAGCCUCCACAGGAGAAAAAGGCUCUCACUUUGUUCCCAGUUGGGGAUGAUUGAAUUUGGGUUAAUGCGAUUUGACGACGAGUUCUUGUUGGAUUGAGAUGAAAUUGGUGGCGAUCAGGAAGGCAAAUGCUGAGAUGAUAUUAUGAUGAUGCCAUUGUUUGCACAUUUACUUAUCUUGUUGCCUAAUAUAGAUGUGAGAAGAUGAUGUUUGCCUUGUGUAAAUUUUGGGUUUAUGUAGACUCUUUGAACUGAUCUUUGAGGUUAUAAUUACUAUUACUAUAAAUAUAAUAUACUACUAUCAUGUUAUGUUUA